UAUAAAAAUGUUUAAGCUCACUUAUAUGAAAUUGAAUCCAAAAAUUUGUAUUGUCGAUAUGUCUUGUAGAAAGGGCCUGGUGAUAUAGAAGUGAAACACUGAGAAAUCAAGACUAAUAUGAUCCUUAAUUCAACAAAAUUGUUUUUUGAUCUGAGAAUCUAGUUACCAUUACAUACCAUCUGAGAUCUGCAAAUAUAGUUACCAUUGCCGGUUUCUUUUAUGACUGCACAUGCAGCGGAUUUAUUGGUGAUUCUAUCUACACAGUGCCUGCAGCUAUAGCUUGUGAUUGGUUUUGAAGUUGUCAUUUAAAAUGUUUUUUUUAUGCAUGAUUCUUAUUUAUCUUUUUUUUCUAUUUAUUUAGUAUCGCUAUAUUUUUUAUACAUUUUAAAAAGCAAGUCUUCAGAAUUAACUUUUCAUAGAAUGAGUAUUAAAGCCUUUUUUCAUUAAUGACAGUAGUAAAUAAAUAUUUUAAUUUUUUUGGCAUGUUAUGCCUUAUUAUGACAUCUUUUUUAAUGUCAAACAGCAGCCUAAACUUUAAAAUAUUUUCUAAAAUUCAGUGUAUUUGUAGUGAUGGAAUUCAGCAUAAAACUAAAAAAAUAAGCUUUUGUAAUACCAAUCAAGGAAACUAUGUAUAUCGCAUUGAGAUGGCUUUUUGGCUUAUCUUCGGCUAUGUGGAUAGCCAUGUGUUGUCUUGAUAUUUACUUAAACAGAAUGGGUAUGGUAUCUCCGAGAGAUACGAUACUUCCUCUGUACCAGAACUAUAGUUUUAAUGCAAUGCAAACCGAAAGUACAGCAGAUACAUUUAUUUCGUUACCAGCACAAGAAACGACAAAUUAUUCGUAUUACCAUUAUUUUAUGUUCUUCACAUGUACCAUAAUGUUUAUAAUGCUGCAAAAUAAUGGUAACAUGAACUUUAUUGCUAGAAUAUUGUAUGCCCUAAACAAGCAAUCGAAAAUGUAUUUUGAAACAAUCGGACUAAAAUUGCAUUUAAAUAAAACCGCCAUACAGUGUCGGGCUGCCAUCAGAAAGUAUGCUACCACUGUUUGGGGAAAGAUUUACAAAACCAUCCUCGAAAAAAUUGACUUUUACUAUAAACGACAGAUGUUACAUGCAUCUAAUUCAAUUAAUAACAAUUUACUCUUACUGAAACGAUUUAAAGAAUUAAAUGAGGAACGAAGGAAUUUAGGAAAGCUGUUACUGACAACAAUACGUGAUAACAAAAAUAUCAGAAUGCGAUAUCAAUUAGAAAACCUAGCAAAAAACAGACUUACUCGGUAUAUUGAGGAUACAGAAAGAUUAAUAAAGAAAAACCGAUGUCAAUACGUAAGUUUCCAACAACUUUAUUUAGCAACGCACCAAGAAAAUGUAUUUUUAAAAACCCGUAUUAAAAAACUUGUAAACGAAAGAGACAAUGCAAAAAGAAAUCUUAUAGCCUUAAUAAACGAAGUCUGCAAAUCAAAGAAUAAGGAUUUAAAAGCAUUCUGCUGUAAAUUUAUUGUAGAAACAAAAGAUAAUAUUUUAAAUUCCGAUGUAAAAAGUGAAAUUCGGAAAUUCCUUAAUAAUUCAACAAGUUCCAUAAUAAAACCAGAGGAGGCUGAAACCGUGAAUACUAUUGGGCAAAGCAAUAGUUUGACGAAUAUUGAAUACGACUGUUUUUUAUCACAAGCACCCAAACUCCGAGGGCUUCCUGGCGAAUAUGUUUGGACGGUUAAGGAUAAAGAUGGUUUAAUUGAAAAACUUUACGAAUACAACUUUCAGACUGACUACGACAAUGGAGAUACAAUCAGUAGGAUAAGGCAGUAUUCUGUUUAUUGCGAUAAAGACUGCCUAUUGGAUUACAGAAGCUCGAGCACCAUAGUUAAUGACUACACCACUCAAAACCUAGGAAGAUUCGAUGAUUGUAGAGCUAAAACUAUUAACUACCCGAUAACAAGACAAAGAUUUUUGACUGGAUCCGAAGCAUUUCAAAAAUUUCUUAAAUGUUCAGGAAAUAUAGUACAAUGUUCGACAACAUUGACAUCAAGGAGAUAAUUUUUUUUUUCGAGAAAUAUUAUUUUAAUUAUUGUAAUUUAAUUUAAAUAAAUUCUACUAUAUUGCUUAA